GCGCGCGCGGAGCCCGUGGGGGGGCAGCCCCGCGCAUGCGCAGUGCGCAGCGCGCGCCCCCUUCGCUCUCCCGCUCCCCCCCUUUCCCCUUUCCCGCCCGGCGCUGAGGCGACGCCGCCAUUUUGUGAGGCCGCGCUCAACCGCUGCCCCCUUCUCCUUCCUCCAACCAUGCGCCCCGGUAUUAAACUCUUCGUGGGCAACGUCCCCGAAGAGGCGACGGCGGAAGAGCUGAGCGAGCUGUUCGGCGGCGCGGCGGGGCCGGUGCUGGGCAUCGCGCUGAUGAAACAGUUCGCUUUCGUCCACCUGCGGGACGAGGCGGCGGCCGCGCGCGCCAUCGCGCAGCUCAACGGGCACCAACUGCACGGGCGCCGCAUCGUGGUGGAACCUUCGCGGCCGCGACCCACCAACACCUGUAAAAUCUUUGUGGGGAACGUUUCGGCCGCUUGUACCAGCGCCGAGCUCCGGGCGCUCUUCCAGCAAUACGGGACCGUGGUGGAGUGCGACGUGGUCAAAGACUACGCCUUUGUGCACAUGGAGAGCGAAGCGGAGGCCAAGGCCGCCAUCGAGCACCUGAACGGGAAGGAGGUGAAGGGGCGCCGCGUCAACGUCGAGCUCUCCACCAACGUCCAGAAGAAGGGCGGUGCCGCGGCCGCGCCGCCCGCCCUCGCCCUCGACAAGAGCAAGCGCCUGGCCCUCGAGUACCGCGAGCGCUUCCAGCCCAAGACCGAGGGCUUCGACCCGCAGCGCCGCCCGCCCGACGCCGCCUUCCCCGCGCCGGCCGCCUACGCUACCGCCAACUCCCUCUACGAUUACCAGACGCGCUUCGGCGCUGCCGCAGCCCCCAAGUAUGACGCCUUCGAGGCGCAGGCCCGCCCCGCGUCCCCCUCGUACUUCGGGAGGGACCGCAGUCCGCUCCGGCGCUCGCCGAGCCGCACCAGCUACGCGGCGGUGACGCUCCCCAUGACGGCGCAGCCGGCCGCCUACCGCGCCCAGCCUUCGGCCUCGCUCGGCGCGGCCUACCGCCCGCAGCCCACCACCGGCCAGGCCGCCGCGUACCGGGCCCAGCCCUCCGCCUCGUUGGGCAGCGCCUACCGCUCCCAGCCCGCCGGCUCCCUCGGCGCUUCCGGCGCCCAGCCGGCUGCUACCGCCAACUCCCUCGCCUCCUACGGCGCCCAACCCACCGCCGCCUCCUACGGCGCGCAGCCCGCUGCCUCCCAGCUCUCCGGCUACGGCGUCCAGUCCGCCGCGCUGGCCUCCUCCUACGGAGCGCAGGCCGCCACCGGCUACUCCACCUCCUACGGCACCCAGGCUGCCGCUUAUGGCGCCCAGGCCGCCGCCGGCCCUGCCGCCUCCUAUAGCGCCCAAGCCAUGGCCACGCACGUGGCUUCCUACGGUGCCCAGGCCGCUGGCCACGCCGCUUCCUACGGCGCGCAGCCCAUAGACGGCCACGCCGCCUCCUACGGCGCCCAGCCUGCCGCCGCGCUCUCUGCCUCCUACGGCGCCCAGGCCGUGGCGGCGCACGCCACCUAUGGUGCCCAGGCGGUGGCCGGUCACGCCGCCGCCUACCAGCCCGUUGCCGGCCACUCCGGUUCCUACGGCGCCCAGCCAGCGGCCGCGCUCUCUGCCUCCUACGGCGCCCAGCCCGCCGCCGGCCACUCGGCUACCUACGGCGCCCAGCCCGGUGCCAACCUGCCUGCUUCCUACGGCAGCCAGUCCGCCGCCGCCGCGCUCUCGGCCACCUACGGCGCCCAAGCGGCCGCUUCCUACAGCAGCCAGGCCGCUGCCGCGUCCUACAAGGCGCAGGCCUCGGCCCCGCUGACGGCAGCCUACCGCGCCCAGGCCUCUGGCGGGAUGGCGGCGUCGUACCCGGCACAGCAGGCCUCCUCCGCCGCGCUGGCGGCCGCCUACCGCGCCCAGCCGGGCAGUGCCUACGACGCGCCGAGCCAGCUGGGGCAGCAGGCGGCUUCCUACCUGGGCCUGUCGCAGGCCGCCGCCGCCGCCGUCGCACCGCCCUACGAGCGCACCCGCCUCUCGCCGCCUCGCAGCGCCGCCGCCUACGACGAUCCGUACAAAAAGUCCUCCGCUCUGGCUAAAAGGUACGGCUCUGAGCGCCGGCUCUCCGACCUCGCCGAUUACCGCCGGUUAGCGGACUCGCCGCUGGCGUACCGCCGCUCGCCCACCAAGUCGCCAAUGGAUUACCGCCGGCUGCCGGAUGCACACGCCGACUACAGCCGCUACUCGGGCGGCUACGGCGAUUACCUGCCCGCUGCCCGCGUCCACUCGGGCUACCAGCGCCGCCUCUGAGCCCGGCAGCGCCGCCGCCACCGCGUCCGGCUGCUGCGGCACCGCGCGGUCGCGCUCUGCCUGUUGCCGCGGUCGCUCUGGCUGCAUCCCCGGAGCAGGGACGGUUGGUUUUUAGCUGCUUUUUUUUCCCCUUCUCGUUUUUGGGUGUUUUUAGAAGGAGUUGCGGUUACGGUAGGGAACCGCGGGGGGAAUCUGUGCCGCCGCUACCGUGGAACUGUUGUGCCGGUGCAGCCCCACUCUUUUAUAAAGGACGAUUUGGGUCGGUUUGGGUCGGUUUCCCCCUUUUCCGGCGCGGCACCGAGGUUUUGUACGACUGUAAAUAAACGCAGGGCUCGUGGCCGUUUCCCUUUUGGCUCCCGUCUGGUUUCUUCCCGGCACGAAGGGCCGGAGCGCCGCCGGCAGCUGCCGCUCCAGCCCCAAACCGGACCUCGGCGCCUUUUUUUUGGGGUGAAAAAAGCCAGAUUUGAGCAAAGCCACCCCGGGAGGUGAGGUCGGGUUUGUGGCAGCCCCGGUUCUGCGGCUGCUCGGCGCGGCACAACCGACGCCUCUCCCGGCAUCCGGAGCAGCCGGAUUUGAGGCGAACUACGGAUGGUUUGAGGAAUAACGAGCCCAGACGGACAACCAGCGAGGAUUAAUUAUUCGCCUGGGUGCUAAUUAGGCAAUUUGGGGACUCAUAAGCCACCCUGGGGCCUGAUUACCACUUCAGUGCUUAAUUAACCACCGGAAUGGAGCCCGCGGGGACGGCAACCGCAGGGAGAACCGGGAACGGAGGCCGCGGGGACUGCGAUGGAAGGGAGAACCGGGAAUGGAGC